AUGUUAGAUCAGCUUGAAGAAAACCCAGACAUCCCUGUGAGGGCAGUUCAAGAACAGUUUCAAAGAAAGUAUUCAGUGGGGAUUUCUAGGAUGAAAGCUUAUAGAGCUAAGGUAAUAGCCAAGAAAAAUGUUGAAGGAGAUCAUGCAAGUCAAUAUUCUUUACUGAGGGACUAUACCAAUGAAUUAAUAAGCAAAAACCCAGGUACCACUGUGAAGUUAGAGCUUGAGUUGGGUAAAAAUCCUGAGGACCAAGAAAGACAGUUUAGAAGAAUCUAUAUAUGUUUGGUAGCUUUAAAAAAGGGUUUUAAGGCACUUGGCAGGGAUUUAUUGGGGCUAGAUGGGGCUUUUAUGAAAGGGCCAUUCCCAGGCCAGAUGCUUACUGCAGUCGGUGUGGACAGCAACAAUGGAAUAUAUCCAGUUGCUUAUGCAAUAGUCGAAUCUGAAAAUCUCAGCUCCUGGACAUGGUUUUUGGAGCUCUUGGCAAGUGAUCUUGAUUUGGGAAUUAACUCAAACUUCACAUUCAUAAGUGAUAGACAAAAGGGAAUACUGCAAGCAGUGACAAGGUUGUUUCCCUGUGCUGAGCACAGAUAUUGCCUUAGACACAUCUAUGAGAAUAUGAGGGGAACCUUUAAAGGAGAUCUGUACAAAAACAUGCUCUGGAAGUGUGCUACUGCUACUACUGUUCCUGAAUUUCAAACGGCCAUGGAUGAGUUGAAGGCCUUUAACAAGAAAGCACACUUGUGGUUGUCUAAGAUCCCACCUUUACAUUGGACAAGAUCACACUUUUCUGGUAGGGCAGUAUCUGAUGUUUUGUUAAACAAUAUGUGUGAGCGUUAUAAUGGCAACGUGAUUGAAGGCAGGGACAAGCCCAUAAUAUCUACACUUGAGUACAUCAGGGAAUAUCUUAUAAGAAGGAUUGUGACGGUUUUGAAAGUAAUAGAAAAGUGUGAUGGAUUGCUAACACCAAGAGCCACAGAAAUGUUAGAGGAGAUCAAGAAAGAUGCAAGUCACUAUCAUGUUCAGUGGAAUGGAGGGGAGUACUAUGAGGUUAGUGGGAAACCCAUUCAUGCUCGGUUACCUUGCAGACAUGCUGUGGCUGCACUUUGGUGUAUGGCUGCAAAUGGAGGAAGGGUUGGGGCUAUAGAGAGUUGGGCUCAUCCGGUGCACACAAUGGAAAGAUGGAGGCUGGUGUAUUCUCACAAGAUAAACCCAUUGAAUGGCAGGGCUUUGUGGACAAAAAUUGAACUUCCGACAAUUAUCACACCACCUAAGCAUCAUAAUCAGGUGGGAAGACCAAAGAAGUUAAGGAAGAGCAAGUGUAAGCAGAUAGGCCACAACUCCAGGACCUGCAAGGGGAAAAGUACGACGGCUAGAACAAGUGUCAAGGCUGGAAGUGGAACAAGUUCGAAGGCUGGCAAGGGUGUGAAGGCUGGCAAGGGUGUGAAGGCUGCCAAGGGUGUGAAGGCUGCAAAGGAUGGAAAGGCUUGA